CCAUUGACAACAGGAAAACUGUUCUGUCUCUAAUAGAUGGCUUCAAGGAGUCUCUAUAUUCCCUUCCAAUUGAAAAUAUUCAUGUCGAAUUUCCGGACACAUCUGGGCAGGCAUAUUGUGGAAUGGAGGUGGAAUUAAACUCCUCCGCUCGCCGAUCAAAAUUUCUCAAGAAAUUAGAUCUUGAUGAGGUGAAUGGGGAUUUAAAUUCUCUCCAGCUAACCAGCCAUCCCAAUCUACUGAAUCUCAUGCGUGUUUCAGUCAUUGAAGAUGGAAUCUACCUCCAUUAUGAGAGACCGGGAGUAUCACUGUCCAAAAUGAAGCAAUUUAAGCUGAUUGACCGAAUUGCGGUGGCGACGAUUUGCAAAAAGGUGAUCCAAGGAUUGAUCUAUGUUCAUGACGUUCUCAACAUUGUACAUGGCAACUUGCAUUGUGACAAUACAUAUCUCAAUGAAGAUGGUGAAAUCAAAAUUGGAGAUAUUGGACAGAGUAUGAUGCAAGCGAGAGAUACAAAGGAUAUUUCUCGAGAGGUGGAGGCGGUUUACGAUAUUGCUGAGAGCCUACUCAGCCUCGAUGGCAGCGCAGAUGAGAGGAGUCUGUCCUGGGUGAUGGCCAACGACUUUGUGAAAUCGGCGAACGGUAUUAGUCUUAAAACUCUUAGUUUGACUGUCAAUUGUGGCGCUCCCGAACUAAUGAAUGUAUAG